GGUCCCGGUCCAGCCGCCCGCCCUCCCGCCAUCCGGUCGGCCCCCCUCCCGGGCGCCGUGCCCGUCCCCAAGGCGGCUCGUCACCGCUGCGAGGCCAAUGGGCUGGGCCGCGCGGCCGCGCGCACUCGCACCCGCUGCCCCCGAGGCCCUCCCGCACUUUCCCCGGCGCCGCUCUCCGGCCCUCGCCCUGUCAGCCGCCACGGCCGCCGCCGCCGCCAGAGUCGCCAUGCAGAUCCCGCGCGCCGCGCUGCUCCCGCUGCUGCUACUGCUGCUGCUGGCGGCGCCCGCCUCGGCGCAGCUGUCCCGGGCCGGCCGCUCGGCGCCUUUGGCCACCGGGUGCCCGGAGCGCUGCGAGCCGGCGCGCUGCCCGCCGCAGCCGGAGCACUGCGAGGGCGGCCGGGCCCGGGACGCGUGCGGCUGCUGCGAGGUGUGCGGCGCGCCGGAGGGCGCCGCGUGCGGCCUGCAGGAGGGCCCGUGCGGCGAGGGGCUGCAGUGCGUGGUGCCCUUCGGGGUGCCAGCCUCGGCCACGGUGCGGCGACGCGCGCAGGCUGGCCUCUGUGUGUGCGCCAGCAGCGAACCAGUGUGCGGCAGCGACGCCAACACCUACGCCAACCUGUGCCAGCUGCGCGCCGCCAGCCGCCGCUCCGAGAGGCUGCACCGGCCGCCGGUCAUCGUCCUGCAGCGCGGCGCCUGCGGCCAAGGGCAGGAAGAUCCCAAUAGUUUGCGCCAUAAAUAUAACUUUAUUGCGGACGUGGUGGAGAAGAUCGCCCCUGCCGUGGUUCAUAUUGAAUUGUUUCGCAAGCUUCCGUUUUCUAAACGAGAGGUGCCGGUGGCUAGUGGGUCUGGGUUUAUUGUGUCGGAAGAUGGACUGAUCGUGACAAAUGCCCACGUGGUGACCAACAAGCACCGGGUCAAAGUCGAGCUGAAGAAUGGUGCCACCUAUGAAGCCAAAAUCAAGGAUGUGGAUGAGAAAGCAGACAUUGCACUAAUCAAAAUUGACCACCAGGGUAAGCUGCCUGUCCUGCUGCUUGGCCGCUCCUCAGAGCUGCGGCCGGGAGAGUUCGUGGUCGCCAUCGGAAGCCCAUUUUCCCUUCAAAACACAGUCACCACCGGGAUCGUGAGCACCACCCAGCGAGGCGGCAAAGAGCUGGGGCUCCGGAACUCAGACAUGGACUACAUCCAGACCGAUGCCAUCAUCAACUAUGGAAACUCGGGAGGCCCGUUAGUAAACCUGGACGGUGAAGUGAUUGGAAUUAACACUUUGAAAGUGACAGCUGGAAUCUCCUUUGCAAUCCCAUCUGAUAAGAUUAAAAAGUUCCUCACCGAGUCCCAUGACCGACAGGCCAAAGGAAAAGCCAUCACCAAGAAGAAGUACAUUGGUAUCCGAAUGAUGUCACUCACGUCCAGCAAAGCCAAAGAGCUGAAGGACCGGCACCGGGACUUCCCAGACGUGACCUCAGGAGCGUAUAUCAUUGAAGUAAUUCCUGAUACCCCAGCAGAAGCUGGUGGCCUCAAGGAAAAUGACGUCAUAAUCAGUAUCAAUGGACAGUCGGUGGUCUCCGCCAAUGACGUCAGCGAUGUCAUUAAAAGGGAAAGCACCCUGAACAUGGUGGUCCGCAGGGGUAAUGAAGACAUCAUGAUCACAGUGAUUCCCGAAGAAAUCGACCCAUAGGCAGAGGCAUGAGCUGGACUUCAUGUUUCCCUCAAAGACUCUCCCAUGGAUGACGGAUGAGGACUCUGGGCUGCUGGAAUAGAACACUCAAGACUUUUGACCGCCAUUUUGUUUGUUCAGUGGAGACUCCCUGGCCAACAGAAUCCUUCUUGAUAGUUUUCAGGCAAAACAAAUGUAAUGUUGCAGAUCCGCAGGCAGAAGCUCUGCCCUUCCGUAUCCUAUGUAUGCAAUGUGCUUUUUCUUGCCAGCUUGGGCCAUUCUUGCUUAGACAGCCAGCAUUUGUCUCCUCCUUUAACUGAGUCAUCAUCUUAGACCAACUAAUGCAGUCGAUACAAUGCGUAGAUAGAAGAAGCCCCAUGGGAGCCGGGAUGGGACGGGGUACGUUUGUGCUUUUCUCCAAGUCAGCACCCAAAGGUCAAUGCACAGAGACCCCGGGUGGGUGAACGCUGGCUUCUGAAAUGGCCAGAGUUGCCUCUUUUAGGAAUCUCUUUGGAACUGGGAGCACGAUGACUCUGAGUUUGAGCUAUUAAAGUACUUCUUACACAUUG